AUUCUUUGCAUUUAGCAUUGAAUAAAUUAUUAUUCGGAGCUGUCCCGAGAGUCCGCACUGAGCUAGCAGUCUAUGCUCAAUCCAUUGUCGCUUUUCAUGAAAACGGACUUCAUUAUUCCCGCGAAGCAGGAUGGUUAGGUCUCCACCAAAUCAUUGUCAUGCGACCGGCUCUUCUCCGAUUCCUGAAGAGGCCAUCAGCACUCUCAGUUAUUGACUCCUUGAUUUCGUCCCCAUCCGGCAUCGAACACUUGCGGUCCGGUCUUAGCGAUACAUGUACACGCUGUCAGGCAUCGAGCUCAACGCAACAAACUGUUCAACAUCCCGAGUCAUGGCCGUCAAGCGAUGAUACUACAAAGCCUUCGAGCUUCCGCGUGCACGUCAUUCGUUCAGCGCCGAAUAGCCCAACGCGCGACAACAGACCUAGAACACCAGCCGGCUGGAACAAACUGGCACUACAGACGCAGAGAUUGGACGACGAAUCGGACGUUGGCGCUACUGACGGCCUUGGGACGCGCUUGGUGGACGAUCCUCUCUACAAGAAUGAUUUUUCGCUGUGGCUGGAAGUACUCCGCUACCGAGAACGCCGUUAUGGAUACAAGGGAACGUUGGAUGUCUGGAAGGGUUUAAUGGCCCGAGUCCCUGGUGGCCUGGAACUCCCGGUGGACGGACAAUACGCAGAUGUUUUCUGGCAGAGCUUUGUGGAUCUUGGCCUCAAACGGGAGACACUCUUGGUCGAAGUGACUGAUUACGCUCUUGAUCUAUGGAAGAGAACGGGGAAACGAUGGCCCAAUCUUUACCAGAGCAUAGUCGGUAGGUUCGUCCAGUGCGCGAAGAGGUCGCAAGCUCUCAAGUGGCAUACAAAGCUUCAGGAUCGGAAUCUGACCGACCCGAGCGAUCUCGUUGACUGUUUCCAGUCGGCAUUCUCCGAUUUCGCCAGUUCAGGUGAAGGUGUUUCUGGAGCCGCCACGGCCCCCGGACGACCUCUGGCCUGGCGACUAUCUGCCUUUCGCGAAGUGUGCAGACAUACAAAUGGACACCGGAUAUACAGUCAGGUCAUCUCCGCAUUGAUAGCAAAAGGCGAAUUGACAGAGGCAAUCCGAAUGCAUAAGUUUCUUGUCGAACGGGGUGACCAUCCACAAUCCCACGAGGAGCUGGAGCCGUUCCUCGAGCUCGCAAAAGAUUUCAAUUGUGCCGACGAUUAUGCAGAGCUUCGGAAGUAUUAUAUCCACUUCAAGACGCAGCAUACAACGAAUGAGACAAAAAUCUCGGAUGUAUCAAUAUCGGAGGAUCAGUUUGCAGAACCGGAUGCGAACGAAUGGAUCAAGGAGAAACCGUUCAACGAUGAAUUCGGUGCCCGAAUUUUCGCCACGCAAGCCCUACGCUUCGAUAUGAUCCUAUCCGGUUUGAAGAUGUUCAGUGUGCAAGCUAUUGGGCCUCGAUCCCUCCGAGAGAUGGCCAUAAGGGCCCGUGGUUGCCAUGAUCUGCAUGAAAGGAUUACCCGAUUACAGCAAGAGGGCAUUUCCAUCGGAAACUCUAUAUUCGCACAACUUCUUAGUCGGUUGGCCAAGGAAAACCGCGAGAUCUUGCUGUCCGAUCUACUUCAGAGCGACCAGCAUCCUGAUAUGCUCCAAGACGUGGACAUGCAGGAAAGGCUAUUAGUGUCUUACUAUGAGGUUCGCGAUUGGCGACAGUACAAUCUCACUUCGGCUAUUCUAAAGGAGCUACAUGGUGAAGGCUCUCGAGAGCUGAUGAAUAUCCAUGCGCGCAAGCAUCUUGCAUGCGGAGAAUUGGCGCUUGCCUCCAAAGUGAUUGAUGACAUGCUUACCCAAGGCUUCAGCCCGACCCGUAAGACAACCGAAUUCAUGGCCACUCAUAUCCUUACUCCCCGAAGAGUAGGUGGUGGACCUGUUCGGCAAGGAGACCUCCACUUUGCUCAAGAGCUCGCUUUCGUUUUCCGUUUUCUCCAACGCAUCGCCCAAGCAGACGCACAUAUCCCGCCCAAGCUCUGGGUCGAACUGCUCAAACGGCUCGGAAUGACAGACAGUUGGAAUGAGCUGCGCAAGUGCUGUCUCUGGCUGGCUCGCCAUUAUUCAUCCUCUAGAACCUGGCUUUUGCCAUGUGACCAUCCGCCGCUAAACCAAGCUCACGGCGAGCAGAUGCUGGAGACGAUAUUCACCGAAAAGAUGCAGGAUGCGAUUGUCGCCUGGGGAUUCAUCAUACAGCCUCCCAACAAGGUGCAUACUUAUACGAUAACCGGGCCGGAUGGCGAGCAACUUGCUCCUUUUGUCCGUGGGUUGAUGCUUCUCCGUGAACUACAACAGACAGGUGUUCCGAUCCGAUUAAGCCGGGUCAUUAAAGUCUGCGAGCAACGCUUGGUUAUGCUCUAUGGUCCCCCCAAGCUCUCGAAUCGACCGAAAAACCGUCAGCUGCGACAAGAAAAUCCCUACGUAUUUGAACGGGUCGUUGCCGAUCUCAACAGGGCAUGGGGCAAGCCGCAUUUGAUCGAUGAACAGGGCACGAGUCGCCUGUACAGGAAGAUCAAAGCUAUUGGUCCCGCGAGACCGACGUUGCUCGGUAACUAGUAUAACUCCGAGAAAGAUGUACGUUGUAUAAUAGCUAGAAUAUAUAGAUAAUAAUAUCGGAGAGUCUGACGGUGUGUAAUCCUUACGAACGCUCAAACAAUGCCAAGAAAGCAGUGUCCCGGAAACCGAUACCUGACAACUGUUUGGCUCCGCCACGAGAGGCUGGCGCGUCCCAAACGUCAGCACCAGCA